AUGACUAGUCUCGAUAAAUCCAUUGCUGACGUUGAGGUUUCUGCUGCCCUCGAGGCACUUUCAAUUGCUUAUGAAAAGCAUGAACAUUGUGAAUUACCUACAACUGAAGACGUAAUUAAAGCAUUGUCACAUUUACCAGGUCUUUCAACUAAAAAUCUAGUGUUUAAGGAUAAGAAGGAAGGAAUAUUCCUUCUCACAGCUGCUCCUAGUACAAUUAUUGAUACAAAGAAACUUGGUAUGAAACUAUGUGCUGCUGGUGUUGGUGGUAAGAAAUGGAAUCUACGUUUUGCAUCAGAAGAUGUUUUAAACAAUACACUCAAGGUCACAAAAGGAUCAGUCUCACCUUUGUGUGUCAUGCACGACGUGAAGAAUGAAGUACGACUUGUGCUUGACAAGGCAUUAUUAAAUACAACACAGAUCAAUUGUCAUCCACUACGUAACGAUCAGACGUACAGUAUCAAGUCCGAGGACUUGAUCAAGUUUGUCAACCAUUACAAUCAUGAACCUAUUGUAAUCGACUUUGCAGCAGACUUGUUGGGCGAGUCGACUACGGUGGUGGUGGAUACUCCUGUUGCUGUGAAGAAUGUAAAGGAAAAGGAGAAAAAGGAGGAGAAGAAAAAAGUAGUUGAACAAAAGACAAACGAAGGUAUGUCGGUUACGAAGAAGGAGAACUUUGCCGACUGGUACACGGAUGCAAUUACCAAGUCGGGUAUGAUUGACUACUAUGAUGUUUCAGGAUGCUACAUUCUACGUCCUUACUCGUACGAGAUUUGGGAGCGUGUACAGCAGUUUCUUGACCGCCAUCUGAAGGCAAUUGGUGUGAAGAACUGCUAUUUCCCCAUGUUUGUCACCAAAGAAAAGCUGCAGCGUGAAAAAGAACACUUGGAAGGCUUUGCUCCGGAAGUAGCUUGGGUCACCAAGUCUGGUACCUCUGAGAUGAAAGAUCCCAUUGCUAUUCGUCCUACGAGCGAGACCAUUAUGUACCCUGCCUUUAAGAACUGGAUCCGUAGUCACCGUGAUCUACCUAUGAAGCUCAAUCAAUGGAACAAUGUUGUCCGUUGGGAGUUUAAGAACCCCACGCCGUUUAUUCGUACGCGUGAGUUUCUGUGGCAAGAGGGCCACACGGCACACGCCACGAAGGAAGAGGCCGAUGAAGAGGUGCGUGCUGUGCUGAACUUUUAUGCGGCAUGUUACGAGGAGCUGCUUGCUGUGCCCAUGGUCAAGGGUGUUAAGACUGAGAAGGAGAAAUUUGCUGGCGCGGACUAUACCACGACGAUAGAGGGCUUUAUCCCCACGACUGGUCGUGGUAUUCAAGCUGCCACGUCGCACAUGCUUGGUCAAAACUUUGGCAAGAUGUUUGGCAUUGCGGCUGAAUAUGAGGACGGCAAGAAGCUGAUUCCGUGGCAAAACUCGUGGGGUUUUACCACACGUUCGCUAGGUGUCAUGAUCAUGGUGCACGGCGAUGACAAGGGCCUGGUGCUGCCGCCACGUGUGGCGCCUAUUCAAGUUAUUGUGGUGCCCAUUUUGUUCCAGAACCAGGACGAGAUAGAUGGGAUCCUUGCGAAGGCCGACGAGAUUGUUGUCACGCUGGCUAACGUUGGUGUUCGCAUCGAGGCAGACAAGCGCCGUGGAUACACACCCGGUUGGAAGUACAACCACUGGGAGCUCAAGGGUGUUCCACUUCGUUUUGAGGUUGGCCCUAAGGAUAUUGCCAAGAAGCAGGUGCGUGUUGUACGUCGCGACAAUGGUGCAAAGGAGGAUGUGCCUGAGGCCGAGCUAGGCACUCGCAUCCCGGCCCUUCUCCAGCAGAUCCAGGAGGAUAUGCUGGAACGUGCCACUGCUCAGCGUGACAGUCAUAUUUGUGAGGUAAUGGAUUGGAAAGAUUUCAUGCCUGCUCUGCAGGAUGGUUGUAUGGUGCUGACCCCGUUUUGCAAUGAGAUUGAAUGGGAGGAGAUUGUCAAGAACAAGUCUCGUGAGGAGUCGUUGACUCUUAUGGGUUUGGAGGAGGAAGCUGAUAACACGGCGACAAGUGCCGCCGCCAAGUCAUUGUGCAUUCCGUACAAGAAGAACGAGGAGAGCCCCGUUAGUGCCAACACGAAGUGCUUCAUAAGUGGAAAACCAGCAAAAUGCUGGGUGCUAUGGGGUCGUAGCUACUAG